AUGGACGUGAAUCCCGAGGAGCGAGCAAGGGGGAAGACGCAGGAGCUGAGUCUCUGCAGCUUCGUGGUGGCAGCUGGCGGAGGCAGCCCCGUCAAAAUCAACGUCCUCGAUGCGCCUGGUCACCGAAACUACGUUGGCGAAAUGAUCGAUGGAUCAUCACGGGCCGAUGUUGGAAUUCUGGUUGUUUCUGCUCGAUCUGGUGAAUUUGAGGCUGGUUUCCGUGGUGGACAGACGCGAGAGCACCUGAGGCUGCUUCGGGCGUCAUCUUCGGUUGGGAAGCUCGUUGUUUUGGUGAAUAAAAUGGAUGAAGUUGGCUGGGAGAGUGGAAGACUGGCUGAAAUCACCAGGAAAUUGAGUAAGUUCAUUGGUGGCCUAUUUGGGGAGUACACCGUGAUACCAGUUAGUGGAAUGGGAGGAGACAACCUGGUUAAAAGAAGAGAGGGAUCAGAGAGGACUCUACUGGAAGAGUUGACAGAAUAUGGUAGUGUUAGUGGUAAUACUAAUAAGGGUAGUAAUAGUAAUAAGGGUAGUAACAAUAAUAAGGGUAGUAAUGAUAAUAAUAACAACAGUAACUACGGUAACAGUAACUACACCAACCAACUUAACGCCCUCGUUGUAGAGAGAAGCAGAACGAGCUGUGCUAUAAAAAUAGAGGCGGGUGUGCUUCGAACCAACGAGGAGUAUUCGCUGGUCUCACAGGGUGGGACGCAGGUUGUGGUGGUUUCAGAGGUGCGAGACGAGGAGGACGAGGAGGCGGAUGGGUCUCUGCUUCGUGGGGUCUAUCGGAUUCGUCUGAGCAGGGCAGUGGAGGCAGCAGUUGGGUCGCGAAUAGUCGACGGGGCACUGGCUGAGAGAGUCGUCAGCAGAAACAGAAUUGUGGCUGUGAUUGGGGUCUACGGUGACUGUAGCAAAUGUGUCACAGUUGGAUACAGUGGUGUGAUGCACAUGAAUGGAGUGAGUGUGGGGGUGAAGGUGACUGGGAUCUGGGACACGGGGAAGAGGAAGAGACGAGUUGCACCAGUGGGAGAGAAGAGCAUUGUCAGAAUUGAGAUCAAGGAUGGGAUAGUGGUGGAUAGGAGAAAGAGAGAGAGAUUCAGUCUACGAGACGAGGAUGCAACAGUAGGAAUAGGAGAGAUUAUUGGGUAG